AUGUUUUCGAUUUAUAAAACUAUCCAUCCACCAACCAGUAUUGAACACGCCGUUUGGGCUUGUUUUAUAUCUCCAGUAGAAAAUAAUUUACUAUUAACUAGUGCCAAUCAUCUUUAUGUUUAUCGUAUCAAUAAGCAAACUAAUAAACUAGACUGUUUACAUACGUUUGUUCUUUGGGGCAAUAUUUGUACAAUUACACCUUGUCGUGCUGGCUCAUUGAUGAAAGAUGCGUUAUUUUUAUCGUUUAUGGACGCGAAACUAUCGUUAAUUGAAUUCGAUUCCAGUACACAAGAUUUGAAAACUUUAUCGAUGCAUUAUUUUGAAGAUGAAUUAGCCAAAGAAGGCCAAUGGUUCAACUUUUCUCAACCAAUUGUUCGUAUAGAUCCAGAUAUGCGUUGUGCAUGCAUGCUUAUUUACAAUUCCAAACUUGUCGUCAUACCAUUUUACAGUCAAUUAGAUAGAGAAAUUAUUACAAGUGAUACAUUUCCAAGUACUGCAGGCUUAACACCUGGUGGAUCGAGAAAUUCAUCGUUACCUUCGUAUAUCAUUCAAUUGAAAAAACUUGAUACAUCACUAACUGGCCGCAUAAUUGAUCUACAGUUUUUACAUAGUUACUAUGAACCAACAUUAUUCAUUCUUUGCGAAUCAAGUCGAACCUGGGUCGGACGUGUAGCUGUCAAGAAAGAUACUUGCUGUAGUGUUGCAUUAUCCAUCAAUGUUGCUCAAAAAUCAAAUCCGGUCAUAUGGCCUGUAGAUAAAUUACCAUAUGACUGUUUGAGUUGUUUACCAGUACCAAAGCCUAUCGGUGGUAUACUUGUGCUAGCAACAAAUUCUAUAAUCUAUCUCAAUCAAAGUAUACCGUCAUAUGGUGUGGCGUUAAAUACGUUAACACGUGAAUCAACGAAGUACCCUCUAAGACCAUUGUAUGAUCUUAAAAUUGCAUUGGAUGCAGCUGAAGCGAUGUUUAUAUCGAACGAUAGGGUCCUUAUAUCGAUUAAAACGGGUGAUGUAUAUUUAUUAACAUUACAUACGGAUACAAUGCGAACUAUGAAAGAAUUUACAUUCGAUCGAAUUGGAUCAACUGUCUUGUGUAGUUGUUUGUGCAAAUGCGAUGAUAAUUUGAUAUUUGUUGGCUCACGUCUUGGAAAUUCGUUGUUACUUCGUUUGAAUGAGAAGGCAAUUGUUGAUCCAACAUCGAUCGAUACAAUUGAAACAAUGAAUGGGGAUGAGAAUACCAACAAUGGAACUGAUACCGAUGAGCCAACUGAGGCAGCCAAUGAGCCUCCAACCAAAACGGACUCACUCGAUUCCGAGAUGGAUAUAAUCACUCCAAAUAAUAAAACCGAUAUUAUAUUCUUCUCCAGUGAAUCCGGUACGAUGGAGUCAAAAAAGCAAAGUCAUACUUACUCAUUUGAAUACUGUGAUAAUUUAAUUAAUAUUGCACCAUGUGGCUACGCCAUCAUUGGCGAAGGUGAUAGUGAAGAAACACGCCUGAUUCAACGGCAUGUUCUUCCCCAAUACCAAACAACACAAUUAGAUUUUGUUAGUACAUCAGGCACAAGUAAAUGUGGCUCGGUUUCCAUCUUGCAACAGACAAUCAAACCCGACCUGAUCACAACUCAAGCUCUCCCUGGAUCGAUUGAUAUGUGGACGGUGUAUUCAUCGGAGAGAGUCUCUGAACAAAAACCCGAACAUUCAUUUAUUUUGAUUAGUCAAGAAACUUCAACGUUAAUAUUUCAAACGGGAGCUGACAUCAUCGAAUUGGAACAGGGAGGUUUUAUAACUAAUGAACAGACAAUUUAUUGUGGAAAUAUUGGCGAGAAAUUAAUUGUACAAGUAACACGAUUACAUCUUGUUCUUUUACGUGAUAGUACACAGAUACAAACGAUUUCCUGCGAAAAUAAUCCUAUUCGUUUCGCUACAAGUCUGGAUCGAUAUUUAGCGAUUUUAACCACACAUGGUGUUAUUUAUAUCUACAUACUGCUUCAAGAUGAAAAUCAGCCACCGAAGCUUUUAGAAUACUACAAAUUAACGGAUAAAAAAUAUACUUGCAUUAAUCUAUAUGUGGAUCAGAGCGGUUUGUUUACAACAGCUGUCGAUUCAGGCGUUCCAUCUCAUGUAACCAAAAUUAACUCUCCUAGUCAUGGAACAAUUUCAUCAACAAAAACGUCUGUGACAACGAAUCCACUUACCGCAGCAGAAUUUCCUGGUGGUGGUGAUGAUGAAGAUGAAUGGCUAUACGGAGGAAAGACGUCCGAAAUACCGUCAGCAUCAACAACGAACGUUGAAGCCAUGGAAAGCUCCAACAACAUCGGCCAUCCAGAAAAUUCACUCGUAACAGAGAAGAAUGAAGCAGCGAAAGUAAUUCCAAUUACACGUUGGCUGAUUGCAAUGAGCAAAGAUGGAACAUUAACAAUCCAUGAAUUGAUGCUCGACGAAACUCUGCUCCCAACUUUAUGCUUCGAAAUUGCUCGAUUUAAUAGUGCUUUGAAAAUACUUGUCGAUACACAAGAUUCAAGCCCGCCGAUGACAAAUUAUUUGGGAAAAAUCGAAACUUCAUGUUCAGCUUAUGUUUACGAAUUGUUAGUGAUUGGUCUAGGACCAAAAAAAGAUCGAGUACAUCUCAUUGCACGAAUUGACGAAGAUCUCGUUUUAUACGAAGCUUUCCCGUAUCAAUAUCUACCUGAAGAUCGAUUAAAACUACGUUUUCAUCGUGUGACAUGCAAUGCAUUAGUUCGAACAAAGAAAUUUAGUACCAAGAAGAAUGCAGCAAAACGACAGAGAGAUGCUGUACAAUCGCAACAAAGUCAAGGAAAGACAAGUGUCAACCCUCAAGAAUUACUUCCAGUUCAAACUGAUUUACUUGACGACGAAAUGAAUGAAUAUCAGCGAAUGUUACUUAGACCUUUCAAUGACGUUGCUAAUCGUUCAGGAAUAUUCAUUUGUGGUACACAUCCAUAUUGGCUAAUAUGGUCGAAAGGAAAUCUGCGUACCUUUCCGAUGAAUAUCGAUGGCCCUAUAAAAACUUUUGCGGAAUUUAAUAAUGAUAACUGCCGAAAUGGUUACUUGUAUUUCAAUCAACGAGAUGAUCUAAGAAUUUCUAUGAUGCCAUCCAAACGAAUAUUGGAUACACCAUGGCCAUUACAAAGAAUUCCAUUUAAACAAACAGUGCAUUUCUUGUGCUAUCAUGUCGAAAGCAAAUUAUAUGCUGCCACGAUAAGUACCAAUGAAUAUACACAUAUCUUAGUUCUACCGUCUGGUGAAGAUCAAGCCAAUUUCCUUUCGCCUAUUCGUGAACAAUUCUAUGUUCAACUUUAUUCAGCAAUUAAAUGGGAACCAAUUCCUAAUGCUCGGUUAACCAUGAACGAAUGGGAACAUGUGACUUGUAUGAAAACGAUUGCAUUAAGAUUUCAAGGCAAUCUCAUGAAAACAUAUGUCGCUGUUGGAACGGCGAACUGUUUCAAUGAAGACGUGGUUAGUCGAGGACGUGUCAUUCUAUUCGAUGUGAUUGAAGUUGUUCCAGAAGUCGAUCAACCAUUAACUAAACACAAACUAAAAAUUGUUCAUGAUCGAGAAGAAAAAGGUCCUGUCACUGCUGUCGACUCUAUUCUUGGUUAUUUGGUAGCGGCAGUAGGCCAAAAAGUUUACAUUUGGCAAUACCAAAAUAAUAGUCUCAAAGGUAUUGCAUUCGUUGACAUUCAAAUCUAUUGCCAUCGAAUGGUUACGAUCAAAAACUAUAUUCUUAUUGGUGAUGUGCACAAGAGUAUUGCUUUACUACGCUAUCAAGAAGACAUGCGUGUAUUAUCCUACGUGAGCCGUGAUUCAAGACAAUUGGAUGUGUUCGCCACAGAGUUCUUCGUUGAUCAGAAUCACGUACAGUUCGUUGCUACGGAUGUCGAUCGAAAUAUGUAUAUUUAUGCUCAUGCACCAACACAAAAAGAAACACAAGGUGGCCAAUGGCUACUGAGAAAAUCAGAUUUUCAUAUUGGAUACGCAGUGACGUCAAUGACAAGAAUUCUUGUUAAUACGAAUAAUCUAACAACGAAACAAAAUUUUGAAAAUAAGCAGGCUUUAUUGAUGCCAACUCUUGAUGGCGCUAUCGGUUGUCUUGUACCGUUAAAUGAGAAAAUCUUUCGACGAUUAGCCAUGUUACAAACUUCUCUCACAACAAUGUUUCCUCAAUAUGGUGGUUUAAAUCCUCGAAGUUUUCGCUCGUGCAAGUCACGUCGAAAACAACUGGACAAUCCACAAAAGAAUACUCUCGACGGUGAUCUACUUUGGCGUUAUUUUGAUCUUAGUUUCAUUGAACGCAAUGAAUUACUCAGUCGGCUUGGAAUGCAACCAGAUCAGUUUCACGAAGAUCUUACUGACAUAGCACGAGCUGCAACUCUAUUCUAA